AGCUUCGACUUGAGGCCAUCGGGUAAUAGAAAAGCUUGACUUCAGUCAAUCAUUUUAGUUCUCCUGGACCAUGGUCCACCAGAUCGAAACGCAAGAUAAGCACGUGUGGGGUUCGCUGGAUGUGACUCGAUAAGCUGUCCAAAUUUCAAGACGGGGCACUGCCUCGACAGCUUGGAUGCGCCCCCAAGGUGCUCGAUCCUUCGCAUCAGCUGCUGAUCGUAGACCCCUCCUUCUGCCUGGCCUCGCGUGAGGCCGACAGAUCAUUUGCAAGCAAUAAUAUGUCCCGCUGAGCAUAAAUAAUACGCCCCCACUGAGCAAUUUCCCCUUACAUAUAGCUGAGACAAUUUGCUUGUCCGACUUUCAGGGGACUAGACCCCAGGCGACUCAGCAAACCAAAAGUUGUAAAUUUCCUCUGGGUAUUGAUCCAUAUUAUUUUGGACGUGGUCGUGAUGAAGACCCUCGUCGCUCUGCUAGGAACUGGGGCUUCGGCCUUCGCGCAGGUUGCGACCACAACCCAACCCUCUCAGUCGGAUAUAGCGGCGAGUGCUGCGACUGUCGAGCCUUAUUCUCCUGUUUCGAAUGUCGAGGGUCUCGCCUUCAACCGGAUAUUCCAGGUUUGGUUUGAGAAUAUUGACUUCGAGGAUUCCUCGGCAGACGAGAAUUUGAAGUGGCUGGCCUCAAAAGGAAUCGCCCUGACGAACCUCUAUGCACUUACCCACCCCUCCGAACCGAAUUAUUGUGCCGCAGCGGGAGGUGAUACGUUUGGCAUGGACAACGAUGAUUUUCAACGGGUACCAGCCAACGUCUCGACUGUGGUUGAUCUUCUAGAUACCAAGUAUAUCGCAUGGGGCGAGUACCAAGAGCACAUGCCUUAUCCUGGGUUUCAAGGUUAUGAAUAUCCAAACCAAGAGACCGAGGCGCACGACUACGUGCGGAAACACAACCCGCUCAUAUUAUAUGACUCGGUGACCGAGAAUAACAUGCGCGGACGCCAAAUCAAGAACUUUACAAACUUCGAAGAUGACCUGGCAAAUGAGAAGCUCCCGCAGUGGGCUUUCUUCACUCCAAACAUGACCAACGACGCUCAUGACACCAGCAUCACCUUUGCUGCCAAUUGGCUGCGUGGAUGGAUAUCGCCACUGCUAGAAAAUGACUACUUCAUGAACGACACCCUCAUCCUUAUCACCUUUGACGAAGAUAAAACGUAUUCUAAAACAAACCGGAUAUUCAGCAUCCUUCUGGGCGGCGCCGUUCCCGAUCACCUACAUGGCACCGAGGACGACACAUUUUAUACACACUAUUCAAUUAUUGCUUCUGUGUCGGCCAACUGGGGUCUUCCAUCCCUCGGUCGCUGGGAUUGUGGAGCCAACCUUUUAGAAAUUGUAGCCAACAAGACUGGCUAUGUUAACUUCGACGUCGACACCACGAAUCUGAGGCUCAACCAGACUUAUCCCGGGCCUCUUUCAAACGGAGAACUAUCCGAAUAUUCGCCGGACUGGCCAAUCCCGCUGACAGAUGGUGACUGCUCGGCCGGGAACGGAAUUCUUAAUAUUGUCAAGGAUACCUACGCUAACACCGAGCCAACCUAUAACUACACAAGCCCCUUCCCUUACGAUACCAAGAGUGGGUAUAAUGUGGAUGUCAAGGCUACCAGGAAAGGUUCAUAGGAGACUCUUUUAAAUGUUGCAAUAUAGACGUAGUAUGUGAAUCUCAAUAUCCAAUGGCAUGAUAUACAAAAGGAACGACUUUGUUUUCGGGGCCUUGUCACGGCCAAAUAAUUUUCAGGGCUGUAAAAAUCAACGCAAGAUAGUGACCAUAUAGCCGACACCCUUUUUCUUGACCCGACUUUUGCUCACGAGUUCAUCUUGAUCAAGACCGUCUUGGUCUCGAGGAAGUUGUCCAGACUAUGCAGGAACCCUUCACGGCCGAC